UCUACAAGAAAUGGAAACUUGCCUCUCAUCUUUUCAUACCCACGCAUGUUCCUAUAUGUCAUCACCCUACAAACAACAAAAGCCGGCGAUCCCCCGUUGAAAAACGUCGGGUAGUAGUAGGUAGGCAGGUUCGGCCCAAUAAUCGAGUCAAUAAAACAACACGCCUUUUUUUUGUUCGUUGUAAAUCACAAAGCUUUCUCGCGGGGCCCCACCGCUCAGUCACUAUUUUCCUUCUCUUCUUCUUCUUCUUCUUCUUCUCCUUCUCCAGUUUAGUCAGCUCCUCCCAUACUCCGCUCUCUCUCUCUCCCCGCUGCAUUGUAACGGCGUCGUUUUAUGGGUACUCUCUCGCAUGCGAUCGCCCCCAGGCUCGCCUCCCCCGCCGUCCACCGCCGCCGUCACGGUAAUGGAAUAUUCUCCUCCUCCGUCUCCUCCUCUUCUCCUUCUUCUCGAAACUCGCGCUCUGCUUCGAGAUUGACGAAGAGGAAGAGCGUGAGAGUCGUCGCCGGAAUCAAGAACAACCGUGACAUCGACUUCAGCGAUCCUGAUUGGAAAUCAAAGUUCCAGAGCGAUUUCGAGAAGCGCUUCGCCAUCCCUCACAUCACCGACGUCUUCCCCGACGCCGUUCCCAUUCCCUCCACCUUCUGCCUCAAGAUGAGAACUCCGGUGAUCGAAGACUUCGCCGGCGGUUAUCCCUCCGACGAGGAGUGGCACGGGUACAUAAAUAACAACGAUCGCGUACUUCUCAAGACUAUAUACUACUCAUCACCUACCUCUGCCGGUGCCGAAUGCAUUGAUCCUAAUUGUACUUGGGUGGAGCAAUGGGUUCAUCGUGCUGGGCCACGAGAAAAGAUAUAUUUUAAACCAGAAGAAGUGAAAGCAGCAAUUGUCACAUGCGGAGGGCUCUGUCCUGGUCUUAAUGAUGUCAUCAGACAGAUUGUCAUUACACUUGAAAUAUAUGGUGUAAAAAAGAUUGUCGGGAUUCCUUAUGGUUAUCGUGGAUUUUCUGAUAAAGAAUUGGCCGAAAUGCCACUAUCAAGGAAGGUGGUUCAAAAUGUUCAUCUUUCUGGUGGAAGCUUGUUAGGAGUUUCACGUGGAGGUCCCAGCGUUAGUGAGAUUGUGGACAAUUUACAGGAAAGAGGGAUCAACAUGCUCUUUGUUUUGGGUGGAAACGGCACACAUGCUGGAGCUGAUGCAAUACACACUGAGUGCCGCAAAAGACAGUUAAGGGUGGCUAUAGUUGGUGUGCCGAAAACCAUAGACAAUGACAUUUUGUUGAUGGACAAAACAUUUGGUUUUGAUACUGCUGUUGAAGAAGCACAGCGAGCAAUAAAUUCAGCAUAUAUUGAGGCACAUAGUGCUUACCAUGGUAUUGGCAUUGUCAAAUUGAUGGGUCGGAGUAGUGGAUUCAUAGCAAUGCAUGCAUCCCUGGCUAGUGGACAAAUUGACAUAUGUUUGAUACCUGAGGUACCUUUUCAAAUACAUGGCCCUCAUGGUAUUCUGCACCAUCUGAAAUACCUGAUUGAAACAAAGGGAUCAGCUGUGGUCUGUGUAGCAGAGGGAGCAGGUCAGAAUUUAAUACAGAAAACUAAUGCUAAAGAUGCAUCGGGAAAUGUUGUAUUUGGGGAUAUUGGAGUACAUAUUCAACAAGAGACAAAGAAACAUUUCAAGGAGCUUGGUGUUCCUGUUGAUGUGAAAUAUAUAGACCCCACUUACAUGAUUCGUGCAUGUCGUGCAAAUGCAUCAGAUGGUAUUCUUUGCGCUGUGCUAGGGCAGAAUGCUGUUCAUGGUGCAUUCGCUGGAUAUAGUGGCAUCACAAUUGGCAUAUGCAACACUCAUUAUGUAUAUCUUCCAAUUCCUGAGGUUAUUUCUCAUUCUCGACUGGUGGAUCCCAACAGUCGAAUGUGGCACCGUUGCCUGACGUCAACAGGCCAGCCAGACUUCAUCUAAUUGUUAAGGCCUCACCACAUUUUUGAGAUAUAUAAGUUCAAAGAGUAAAUUGUUAGGAAAAAUAACCAUCAUCAGAGGAAUCUGGUUUACUUGCUCGCGUCCCGCAUGCUGUAGAAGAAAUAAUACAAAGGAUGGCAUUCACCUGUGCAUUCAAAAUUUAUCAGUGUAUAGCAGAACUGCUUCAGAGCCCUCUUAAUACAUCUGAAAGUUGGAAUCUCAGAACCACCAAGCAAUUGGUGCUUGGUUGAUAAUUU